UUAAAAGAAGACUAAUGUUUUGUUAAUUGUUAAAAUAUUUUAAACAUAAGUAUGAAUCGUUUACCAGUUAUGCUACUUUUUGUGUUUUUCAAUAGUGUUGAAUGCAUCGAAAAUCUUCACCCUGUGUCAAAUCGGUCUCAAGUGUCUGAACUUUUUCUUCCCGGAUUGAAUUCAACUGACGUUAAGCUCAAUGUUGCAAAUAACAGUGUAUCUUCAAAAAAAGUUUUUAAAUCAUCGGUAGCUGAAAAGGACAGUGAUUUUCGACCUAGUGAGCAUUUGGGUGCAAUAGAACCUGAAGAAGUGCCAACGAGUACAGUUGGAAACAGAAUAAAAUUUCCAUUAGCAACGGCCAGCUCGUUAUCAUCAAAGUCUGGGAUUUCUCGUAGAAAAAUAGUUCCCCACGAGAGUCCAGUGAAAGCUAAAACCGUGGUGUCUCUCCAACCGCCGGCAAAGCAGCAGAUCAAGUUUAUUUACGAUUACCAGAGAAAGCAGAAUGACCAACAGCCGCAACCGGACAGCGCUGGUGUUCCUAUCGCUUCUGAAGCUGAAGAUGAUGCUAACUCGUACCAUGAAAUUCAGGGUGAAGGUUACGUGGUUGUACAUCCUCCAGCACCGAUGGAAGAUGUCAAUUUGAGUCACAGUCAGUCCGGUCAGGAAAUUUCUUCUCAAGAUAAUCCAGACAAGAAUCAAGCAAACCAAGAACCUCAGUAUGUUGUAAAUCACAGUCCUGAUCAAGAAGUAAACAAUCACCAGUUGGAUCAAGAAACGACCAGGAGUCCAGAAAUUUCUUACCAUCAAUCUUUUGCAGACAGUGAUGAAAGACACCCGAAUUGGAAUAAUAAUCAUCACAGUCACUAUCAUUACAGUCUGCCAGAGCCGACUUUGGAGGUGAAUUAUCCGAAACAAACUCAACAUGCUGUAGCGGAUCCACCGUAUCACUAUCAGUAUCAGUACGCUGUUCCUGAAAGUACUGGGUUAGAAAAGCCGGAAAUGAAUCCUUACUAUCAUCAGUACUAUCUGCAGAAUCCUGGAUAUAUGCAUCCGGAAGUCGUAAUUGAUAAGCCGGAGGCUGUCGUUUACUUGAGUUCACACCGUGAGACCUCAUUUACCCGGACUCGAAAGUUUCCUUAUAAAUAUUACCACCCCCAGGAGCAGGCUACAGAAGUACAUUAUCCGAAUCACGGAUACGGAUAUGCCAUAGCGCCACAGCAGAAACAAAUUUCACCUUGGAACAAGAUUAUUCAUCUGAUCGGUGCCUUUUUACCUCUUGGGCUUCUUAUUGCUGCACUUAAACCACCCAAUACCGUUAAGAUUGAUGGCAAUACUUCGCAGCCAAAUAUUGUAUUAUCGAAAUUGCGGGCCAUUCAUCUUCCACUUGAGCAUAAAACAUCGCUAGAAAGUUUCGAUGAAGAAGAGGAUUACAAAGAAAAUAAAAAUAAAUAUGCCGAUUAUGAUUACAAUAAAACAUGCGAGGAUAAAUCAAUAUGCGAAAUUAUAUUACGUGGAGCUGAUAAAAGUACUGAUUUACUCAGUAGUCUUCUUUGGAAUUUAACUAUCAAGUCAACUGAAGAAGCAAAAAGUAAUGAGUUGGAAGAAAUAGUUGCCGCAGUAAAAAAAAAAGAUUGUAGUUUUAUAAAAUGCUAAAAAAGGAAACAAACAAAUGAAGAAAAAAAAAAAGUUGUCGAUAGAAUUUUUAUUGACUUAAUUUCUAGGAGUGUCACCAAAUGUGGAAUUUCGUAAAUUGCUUUUCUAAAUUACUGUAAAAACAAACAUUAUAUGAUUGUACUAGUAAGUUUGUGUGUGAAAAUACAAGUCUAUGGUAUAAAAUAGUAGUCAAGGAAAAAAAAGAAGUUAGAUAAAGUUAAACUAAAAGUGUUAAAUAGUAAAAACCCUUUUAUGUCCUAUUCAUUUCUCUUUUAUCAUACUUACUCUUUCUUUCUCAUACUUUUAUCUCUUUUUUAUCUUAGUUAUUUUUUAAUCUUAUUUUUUUCUGUUGGCUCGAGCGCCAGUGAAAGUAGUUGCAAGUGGGUCAGACUUGUGUGCCAGUGUGGCCUGAGAAUUCGUUCUCACUUAUCCGCAUCGCAAGACGAGCUCGAUUAUCCCAUCUCGCUGGUGUAUUAGUGUAUAUAAACAUAUUUAAAUAUAUAUGUGUAUAAAUACACUUGUGACCUCUCAAGAUGAGACCGGAAGUCCAGGUCAAAUACUAAUUAUUUCUCACCUUACUCUCUGAUAAUCGAUUUCAUUAUUCCAUUAAGUAAUUAUUU